AUGGCUGCUAUUCACGCGCCCUCCCCGAAACUGGACCGCUAUGUCGUUAUCCAUGUUGCUACCACCUGUGAUGAACACGGUGUUUAUGUCACCAAGGACUCCGCAGAGGUCAUCGAAUUGGGCUGGAUAUUGCUGGAUGCUGAAAACUGCAAGGAGUUGCAUCGCGAGAGUGUCUUGGUGAAGCCCGUAAAUACUCCCAUUACACCCCUCUGCACGAGCUUGACUACCCUUACCUGGGAACAUGUUCGCUCAGCUGGAACAUUCCGAGACGCCAUCAACCAGUUCGAUGCCUUCACGCAGGAGCAUCUCCUCUCCAAGAACCUCGAGUUCUCCUUCGUCACAUUGGAUUCUUGGGACAUGCGUGUCCAGCUACCUCGUGAAGCCCGGGACAAGGCGGUUGUUCUACCCCCAUACCUCCAGCACUCACGUACCUUUGAUCUGCGGACGGAAUACCAGCGAUGGCAGCAACACCACCCGGAAUCGCUCCCGUUCGGGCCCAGUGAUCUAGCAAACAUAUGUGCUGCUCUCGAGGUCGAGCCCAUGCAGUCAUCCGCUCCCAUCAAACAUAAUCUUCCCUUCCAUCUGCAGGCUCUAGCUCCGGCGUCUCCAAGGCGUGCUAUGGAGGAGGCCAUUACCCUAGCCCGAGUCCUCCAUGGAUUGAUCCGAAAAUCGCAACCCCCCCAUGAACAUCCUGAGAUUCUCACUCGCCCAAUGGACGCUCGAGCUGAUGUCCGUGCUUUCUUGGCCGAACGCAGCAAAGUUCUUCACAUGAGUGGCCUUCCGCACGACACCACCCAGUCCGAGCUGGAGAGUUGGUAUACCCAGUUCGGAGGCCGUCCAAUUGCGUUUUGGACCCUGAGAACCCCGGAUCAGCACAAACCUACCGGCACGGGAUUUGCUGUUUUCUCAUCUCAUGAAGAAGCCGCGGAAAGCCUUUGCAUGAAUGGGCGUGCUCUGAACGACAAGGCCAUCGAGGUAUCCCCUUCCUCUAGCCGCGUUCUCGAUCACGCUGCGGAAAUUCUUACUCCGUUCCCUCCUAGCAAGAAUCGUCCUCGCCCAGGUGAUUGGACCUGCCCAUCCUGCGGAUUUUCUAACUUCCAGCGUCGUACAGCCUGCUUCCGCUGCUCUUUCCCUGCUGUUGGUACUGGUCCAGACCCAAUGGGUUAUGGAGGCUAUGGCUACGGUCCCCCGUCGAUGAUGCCCCCGCCGCACCAUAUGGGACACCACGGAGGCCAUGGGCACACGCGAGGUAUGGGCGGAAAUGGUGGCGUUGUUCCGUUCCGAGCUGGGGACUGGAAGUGCGGCGCUGAGGGCUGCGGCUACCACAAUUUCGCAAAGAAUAUCAAUUGUCUUCGCUGUGGUGGUCCUCGCUCUGGCGCUGCAGUGGUCGCGGACUCUGCUUUCCCCUCCCCAAUGGAGCCUCCAUCUGGCUUCGGAAUGGGCCUGGCAUCUAUUUCAAGUACUCCAGGCCCGGGCCCAUUCGCCUCUAGUGCAGGUGGCUUCGGUGCCUUUGGGCAGCAGUUUGGGGGUCCUGCAAGCACCUACGCGCCCCCUUCUGGUCUGGGGGCUGCCUCCGGUCCCUACCCACCAAUGGGCCAAAUGAACCAAAUGAACCAAAUGAAUGCUCCCUACGGGUCUGGCAACGCGUCCCAUUCUGCGGCCUCGUUCGGCAACCCGGCCACGCAGGCGGCCUUCACUGGUGCGGACCACGUCCCUCAACCGGUUGGCGCGUCCAACGGCAACUUCUAUGGUAACGACGCUUCUGCAGAUCCCUUCGCCUUCUUGAGCACUGGAUUAGGUGCCCUCGGUGUGGAUGACUCCCGCAGGAAUGGUGCGUCCAAUAACAAAUCUCCAGCAUAA